AUGUCCAGAGACAGCCCCCCCACGCCCACCUACAACCCCAUGAAGUGCCUUAACACCCUGUCUCACAGCGGCGGCGGGAGGCGCAGAGAUCAGAGAGACCAAACCCGGCCCGCACCGUGUGCCAGCCGGAGCAGACCCUUGGCUGAGCAGGUGGCCCUGCUGACUGGGGGAAUCUUUAGGGGUGUGCUGCUGCUGCUGUGGUUGAUCACAGUGAGCUGCUGUCUCUGGAAGAGGAUUUGUGCCAUGUUUACCUAUGAGAAGCUGCCAGGGACCCAGGCUGCCUCCAGCCCACAGGGGCGCAAGCUCUGCUUCCUGCAUGGCAGGCCCCAGACAAGCAGGCCACCAGAUGUGCCAUUUGUGGUGCUCCCUUCCCUCCAAAGUCAACAGUGGGUGCCCUUGCACAGCGGAGAGUGGGCCCAGGACCAACAGGACCUCUGCCCAGCCCUGGAGCUCCUGCCCCACACCAGCAGGAGCCACCUUGGAGAUGCAUGUGUGGUGGGGACCAUUAAUCCAGAGCUAUACAAGUUCUCAGAAGACAACGGUGAGACCCACUUCCCAGAGAGCUGCCUGGGGUGGCUGUGGAUCUCUGUGGAAUACCAGCAGGAGGCUGAGCAACUGCUGGUGGGCCUGAUCAAGGCACAGUGGCUAGAAGCUCCCUCAGAGCCCUGCAGCCCACUGGUGAAGCUCCACCUGCUGCCAGAUGAGCGGUACUUCCUCCAGUCCAAGGCCAAACACAGAACUGCCAACCCUCAGUUUGAUGAACACUUCAUCUUCCAUGUAUCUAGCAAGAGCAUCACUCGGGUACUGAGGUUCUCGGUGUACCAUGUGUACAGGCAGAGGAAGCACCAGCCCCUGGGCCAGAUGCUCUUCCCUCUGAAAAAUGAGACCCUGGCAUGUGACUGUCAGCACAUUAUCUGGAGAGACCUAGAGGCUGAGAGCCUGGAGCCCCCCUCAGAGUUUGGCAACCUCCAGUUCUGCCUCAGCUACAAUGACCACCUGAGCCAUCUUACUGUGGUUGUGCUGCGUGCCAAGGGCCUGAAGCUCCAAGACAACAGGGGUGGGUCAGUAAGUGUGUUUGUCAAAGUGUCCCUGAUGAACCACAACAAGUCUGUCAAAUGCAAGAAGACUUUCGUUGUGCUGGGCUCUGCCAACCCUGUAUACAGCAAGACCUUCAGCUUCAAGGCUGACCCUGCAGAACUGGACACUGCCAGCCUCAGCCUGGUAGUGCUGCAGGACACUGAAGGGGACAGGAGCUUCCAGCUGGGCUGUGUGGUGGUGGGCCCCUACGUGUAUGGCCAAGGCAGAGAGCUGGAGCACUGGACCAAUAUGCUCAGCAAGCCCAAGGAACUGGUGAAAUGCUGGCAUGCACCCUGCCACACCACAGAGUCCUGA